AUGAACGCCAUGGAGGAUCGUCGCGUGCAGAACAUUAUUCUCCUCACUACCGUCAUGAGCGAGGUGCAGAACCGCAACAAAGCCAUGUAUGCGCGGCUGCAACUCCUCCUCGGGGAUAAGAAGAAGCAGUGCUUCGUCUUCGCGAACGACCGGCAUGAGCAGACGCACUGCAUGCGCAAGGAGGGGGAGUCACCCAACGACUUCAACGAUCGCGCGAUUCGAGUGGCGGCGCAGUGGUACGCGCGGCACGUGGUAGCCGCCUUCCCGGGCACAGCGGACUUAUCGACGUCCGGCGUGAUUGUCGUCUCGCACGAUCAGGCCUUCAAGCAGGCCAUGAACGCGUCGGAGGAGGCGCAGAGGGUGAGCAACCUGCGCUGCGUAUCGCUGCGUGACUACAUAAAGCUGAACGUUGCCAGCGACUCGGACUUGCUGGAGAAGAUUCAGUCCGAGGAGCCGGAAGGGAUGAAAGAGUCGCCGUCGACGCGGCAGCUCUUCACGCCGUACCUCAGCAUGACCGCCCUGAACGCCGGUGUGCAAGACGGGAGUCUGUACAAAGGAAAGCUGCGCGUCAGUGAGACAAGCUGCUUCUUUGGCGAGAUACGCGGCAAGUUUGAGCGCCACAACUUCCAGCGGAUUCUCAUACAGGGCCGUGCCAAUAUGAACCGCGCGAUUCAUGACGACAUCGUGGCAGUGCAGCUACUGCCCGUGUCGAGCUGGCGUGGCCCCAAAGGCUCAGCGCCCUUAUCAGAGUCUGUGAGCGAAGAUGAUGCCAUCGCAGCCCGCUUCAGUCCUGCCGGCAAGGUGGUGGGCCUACUCUCCUCUAACCGCCGGCCGUUCUGCGGCAGCCUCGAUGAGACUGAGCUCGAGCGGGUCAAGGCGAACAAGUCUGGUAAUGUCUCCAUCCUGUUUCAGCCCAAGAAUAACCGAAUCCCGCGCAUUCGUAUCAGCACCCGCCAUGUGCAGGACUUGAUGGACAAGCGUCUUAGCGUUGUGAUUGACGACUGGCCCUUGUACAGCAGCUUUCCAGUUGGGCACUACGUCGAGGUCCUCGGGAAGAUCGGCGAUCGCGACACGGAGGCGACAGUGAUUCUCUUGGAGAAUGAUGUCCCGCACUACGACUUCAGCGAGGCUGUCCACGACUGCCUCCCAAAGGGGCAGUGGGCUGUGACCAAGGACGAGGAGGCGAAGCGGCUGGACUUGCGCGACUUGUGCAUUGUGAGCGUCGACCCGCUGGGCUGCCGCGAUAUUGAUGAUGCGCUGCACUGCCGUGCCGUGAAUGGCAACCACCUCGAGGUGGGUGUGCACAUUGCGGAUGUCACGCACUUUCUGCCCGGGGGCACGGCCAUGGACGAGGAGGCCGCAAAGCGCAGCACGAGCGUGUACUUGGUGGACCGGCGCAUCAACAUGCUGCCACAGCUGCUGACGGAGAACCUCUGCUCGCUAGUGGAGGCUGAGGACCGCUACGCCUUUUCGAUUCUCUGGGAAUUCGAUGAGAACCUGAACGUGGUGCGCGAUUGGUUUGGCAAGACAAUCAUCCGCUCACGCGGUGCCCUCUACUACGGCGAUGCUCAGCGCAUGAUCGACAAUCCGGCUGACACCUCCGAUAUUGCCGUCUCGCUGCGCGAGCUGAUGCGGCUCAGCAAGCACUUCAAGGCGCAGCGCGAGAAGGAUGGCGCCCUCUUUCUGGCGUCGCAGGAGUUCAAGUUCAAGGUGGACAACGAGCAUGUCAAUCCAACCGACAUGCAGAUGUACCAAACCUUCGAGGCGAACUCGAUGAUCGAAGAAUGGAUGCUGUACGCCAACGCGGCGGUAGCGACGAAGGUGUAUGAGUCCUACCCCCAGUGGGCACUGCUGCGCCGCCACGAGCGACCUGCUGAAGGCGCGUUCGACACGCUGAAUGACGCUUUGUUCGGCAAACUGCACGUACGCCUCGACGACACUACCUCACUGACGCUAAACACGUCCCUCGACAAGUGCGAGGACCCACGGGACCCAUACUUCAACAGACUCAUUCGAAUCCUAACAACACGAUGUCUGCGACAGGCGCAGUACUUCUCCAGCGGUGGCAUCCCCAAGGACGAGUUUUGCCACUUUGGACUUGCCAUGCCCAUCUACACCCACUUCACGUCCCCAAUCCGCCGCUACGCCGAUGUCAUCGUCCAUCGCCAGCUGGCGGCCGCUAUCGGCGUCGCCAGCGUGAGUGAGGAGCAAAUGAACGCGGGGCGGAUGAAGACUAUCGCAGAAAACCUCAACUACCGCCACGAGCAGGCGCAGCGAGCGGGCCGGGACUCGCAGAACCUCUUCACCGGGUUCUACCUGCGCAACUUCGAGGAUGGGAAGAUCCCUGAUGAGGAAGGCUAUGUCGUGCGCGUGUCAGAGACGCAUGUAUUUGUGCUUGUUCCUAAGUACGGCCAGGAGAGCCGCAUCCCGCGGGAGCAGCUGCAAACAGUGCCGGGCUUGCUGGAUAAAGUGAAAGUGGGCAUCCAGCUCAAGCGGCAGGGCGAUGUCAUGCGCACGAAACUCGUAUUCCGCCUGAUUGGCAUGAUGCGCGACGGCGAGGAAGGCGGGGUGCUGGUGGCAGACGACGAGGCGUACGACAUCAUUGAGGAUGGCGAGGAGGCCGCCGAGGAUGCACAGAAGGCGGCGCGAGGUACGUCAAGGGCAUGUGUAGCAGCGGGUGGCAGCGGCAUUGAGGCAUUGGAGCCGGCUCUUAAACGGGCUAAAGCUGAGGGAGUCGAGACUGCCCUGCCGACAUCGCUGUAG